AUGACCAUCCCUCUGCACACCAUCACCUCGUUCCGGGCGACCUUCAACCCCUUCUCGCGGGCCGCCCGUCCCUGCCGCCUCCUCCUCUCUCUCCUCCGCAACCCCUCCACCACACCCGCCGGCAGUCCCACACACAUCGACAUCAAGGUCACCCAGCUGCCGCGCCACUCGACCCAGCUCCCCGAGAUGAUGGUGGGGUUCCGCGGCGGCAAGGAGGUCAAGAUCGAGGUCGGCAAGAACCAGCUGAAGAUCGGGGACGUGAUCGAGGAACUUGCGCGCGUGGGCCGGGUGAUUGAGCGAGAGGAGACUCUUAAGGGUUGA